AUGUUUAGGAAAGAUAUUAAAAAGAUUUACUUAAAAAAUCACCUUAAGAAAAUAUAUAUUGUAAAAAGACAAAAUGAAAAUAAUAUUAUUGAAGAAAAAAAAAGCAGUGUUUUGUAUAAAGACUUUAAAGAAUUUAUACUUGUUUUAAUAAAUAUAAGAAAAUAUGAGAAAGCAUUAAAAAAGUUAAAGGGUAAUAAAGCGAGUUGUGAGUUUUCCAAGGUUUUACAAGAAUAUUUGGAUUUUUAUUUAUCAACGUUUGGAUAUAAAUUUCAUACCUUUAUAUUGGAAUAUAAAACUGGUGAUGAAAUAAAUGACCCUAAUAAUUGUUAUGUUAUAAAUAAAUUAAGAAAGAGUGAUAUUGAAAAAAUAGUAAAUAAGGAAUAUUCAAGAAUAUUAUUUAAAUAUGAUAGUAUAAAAUAUGUACUAUAUUAUAUUAAGAAGCAUACAUUAUUAUUCCAAACAUUUAAUUGUCAUUUCAAAAAAUUGUUAAUAAAUUAUUUAUUUGUUACAUUGAAUCCUUUGAAUGUUCUCAUUUUUGUUUAUUUAAAAUUAUAUCAAAAUAAUGACAAAACAAAUGUUGUUUCAAAAAGCGAUGAUAAGGAUAAGAUAAAAAAUAAAGAUAAAUCUGAUGAAGAAAUGAAUGAUAUUCCUUUAUGUGAGAAUAAAAAUAUUUGUGAAAAUAAUAAUGAAAAUUACAGUGAAAAUCACAAUGAAAAUUACAGUGAAAAUCACAAUGAAAAAUACAGUGAAAAUCACAAUGAAAAUUACAGUGAAAAUCACAAUGAAAAAUACAGUGAAAAUCACAAUGAAAAUCACAAUAAAAAUCACAAUGAAAAUCACAAUGAAAAUCACAAUAAAAAUCACAAUGAAAAUCACAAUGAAAAUCACAAUGAUUUAGAAAACUCUCAGAUAAAUUACGAAAUCGUAUUAAAUAAAAAUGAAAAAUCUAAUUGUACUAAUCUUUUUUGUGAUGAAAUAUAUUGGUUUAUAUGUUUUUUUGGAGAUUAUAUUAUAAAGUAUAAUAUAAUUAGAUGUUAUGGGGAAAUAUAUAGAAAUAAAAAAGUUAUCCAAAGAAAAUUAAGAAUAUAUCAUUGGGUUAAGAAAUAUGUUCAAAAUGAUUUAAUACAAAAGUUUCAUUGUUAUUCUUAUUCAAAAAAUAUAAAAUUAUAUGAUAAAUGGUAUGAACAUAUGUUAUAUAUAUAUGAAGAAAAAUUUAAGGAAUAUAUUCCCAAAUUAAAAAAAUUUAUCCAAAUUGGUAAUGGGUAUAAAAGUAUUAAUAUGUGUCACAAAAGCUUUUCAUAUAUAUAUGAUUUAGUUUUACUUUUAUAUUUUCUGAAAAUAUGUUUUUUUUAUUUAAAUGAACAUAUUCAUUUUGUUCUUCAUUUAUCUUUAUACACUUUAUAUAAAAGUAUCAAAAUUUUUGUCAUAUAUUUAUAUUUUAAUCUUCCCAAGUCUAUGUGUCAUUACUUUUUAAAUAUUUAUUUGAUGUUUUUUAAAAAAAAAAAUAUAAAACCUGUUCAUAUACUUAGUAAAAUGAAAUGUACAUAUAAAAAUAUGAUGAGCCACAUUUAUGCACACAGAAAUUUCUUAUAUAUCAAUGCAAAAUUAAACUCUCAUGAAAAAAGAAGAAAUCUUCCUAUUUAUUUAAGACAAAGAAAUUUAAACAAUAAUCUGAUUCAAUGUGAAGAUAAUGAUAAGAAACAAAUAUCAAAAAAUGAUUGUACAGAAAAUUUAAACAAGCAAAAAAAUGUUCAGAAUUGUAUUGUUGAUAGUCAAAAUGAUCAAAAAUACAAAAUAUCGAAAAUUCGCCUGAACAAUUCACAAAAAAAAAGAUAUGAAAAAAUAUUAAAUUUAACAUAUUUUGAUAUAAAUGAAUACGACGGAAAAGAUAUUGAAAAUGAAAGUCAAUUAAAAAAAUUUUUGACAUUUCAUUGUUAUGGAUCUAUAAUACAAUUGAAAUAUAAUAACGAAAUUUUUUUGAGGAAGAAAAAGUAUAAGGAUCAAAAGGAAAAAGUAAAUGAAAAUAAUAUAAAUAGUGUAGAAGGAAAAAUAAAAAUAAAAAGAAAAAGUAAAAGAAAAAGAAAAAGAAAAAUAAAAAGAAUUAAAAAUAUAAAAAGGAUUAAAAAUAUAAAAAGGAUUAAAAAAAAUGAACAAAAAGGAAUUAACAAAAUUAACGGUUUCUUUUAUCCAAGGAAAAUUCAAAAUAAAAAGAGACAAAUAUUAUUAUAUAAUGUACUGAUAAAUAAUACAAAAGGAUUAUCAAUAUAUAUGAAUAAGAAACAAAUGGAUGAUCCAAAACAUUGUCUACAUCGUGUAAUGAAAAAAAGUGAUAUUAUAAAAAAGAGUAAUCUAAAUUUUGAUAUAGAUGGUGAGCAUAAAAUGUAUAUACCUAGUGGUAAUUUUAAUUUUUGUAAUAAAAAAAUUAUUAAUAAAUUAUUUGAAACGAUAUUGUAUAAUAUAAUACAUAAGGAAAAUCAUAUGAUUGAUGUAAAUCAAAAGGAAAUGAAUUUAUUUAUAUUAGAUAAAAAAAUAAAUGAUGAAAAUGAAAAGUGUGAUUAUGUUAAUAGGAGUCCCUUAAAGGAACCUAAGCAUUAUUUGGAGAAUAAGUGUGGCAACCUAAACGAAAUUGAUUUAUGUAAUGAACAAAAUGAAGAUGAUAAUAUGGUGACUGUAUAUAAGGAUGAACAUAACAAUGAAAAAAUUGAUAAUUAUGAAAAUAGCAAGAACAUAUAUAAGGAGGAAGAAAAUAUAAUUGAACAAAAUGAAAUAGAACCAAACGAUAAAAAAAAAAAUAAAAUUGAAGAAAAAGAAAAUAUGGAUAAUAAUGAUAUAAUUAUUGAAGAAGAUGAAAAUAAUAAUAAUAAGGAUAUAGACAUAUCUGUUAAGGAUAAUAUGGAAAAAGAUACUUGUCCUAGUGAUGAAAAUGUUUCAGUGGAUAAUGAAUCUGAUGUUAAUAAAUUAUCACAAAAUGUGAUGAAGGAGAAAUAUCUUAAUGAAAAUAAUAAUAUAAAAUAUGAUUUAAAAAGUAAGAAAAAUGAUUGUGUUGGAAAAUAUAAAAUAUAUUUUAGUGAUGAAUCUACAAGCUCUGAAAAUACAACGGAUGAUUAUGAGUAUUAUAUGAAAAGAAGAAAUAGAUCCAAACCAAAAAUUAAGGGGAAAAAUGAAAAGAAAAAGAAAGAAAUUGUAAAGAAUAAGAAAAAUAUGCAAUUGCAAAGGGAUAAGAAAAAAAUUCAUGAAGAUAAUGUAAAUAUAAAUAAAACGAAUUCAAAGAAUAAACAACAACAGGUUAAUGAACAUGAUACGAAUAGUAAAAAAGAUAAUAAAAUAAUAAGUACAAAAGAAACAAAUAUUCCAAAAGAUAACAAUGUUGAAGGGAAAAAUAUAAUUAAUACUAUAAAUGAAAAAACAUGUAAUGAAUUUAUAAAAGAUACAAAUGAAUCUUUGUGUAUUAAAAAUAACAAUACUACUGAUAAUAUCAUGAAAAAUAAAAUAAAUCAUAAAAAUAUUUCUAUUGAUGAGGAAUACAAUUUAAAAGAAUAUGAAGAAGAUAGUAUUAAUGAAAAUAAAAAAAGUGUAGAAAACGUAAAAAUAAAUAUAUGUAACGAUUCAAAAGAAGGUAUGUUGGAAGAAAAAGAAAUAAUUGGUAAUAACAAAAAGGUUUAUAAAAAGAUUCAAACUUUAAAAUCAAAAGGUAGUAAAAAAUUAAUUUUUAAUUUGUCAUUAAGUGAAAAUGAAGAAUCGUCAUUAAUAAUAGAAAGUUUGGAUAACAACAACCAAGAAACAAAAGAAAUGAAGGAGUUAGAAGAAAUACAUAUUGAUAGUAUGGAUGAAGAAGUAAAUAUAAAAGAAAAAAGCGAUCCAUUAAAAGGUAAUAACAACAACAACAACAAUAAUAAUAAUAAUAAUAAUAAUAUGAUAGAUUUGAAAGAAAAGGAUUAUCAUAUUGAUAUACAUGAUAAGGGUGGAGAAGAUGUAAAUAUAUUAAAUGAACAAAAUAAAUUAAAAGUAGGAUAUCAUGAUUUAUAUAAUAAUAUUGGAGGUAUAGAAAAACCAUUUAUAGAUACUUGUGAAAUAUAUAUUAAAGAAAAUGUAUUGAAUAAUACACAGAAGAAAUUAAAUUUAAUUCAUAUUUAUCAUAAAUUCAAGUUAGGUAUUGUAUAUUUAUUUGAUCAUUAUAUAAUAGGAGGGAUUAAUUUAAUUAACCCUUAUAACAGUAUGGAAAAUGAAAGAUAUAAACAUUUUGCAUGUAUACAAUCCAAUAUAAAUGAUAUGGAUCAUACUAAAAUAUUUAGAUACAACGAAAAAGAAUUAAUCAUGUCUUUUAAAAAAAAUUCAGAAAUAUGUUUAUUAAGUGAUAAGAAUGAAAAAAGAAUUAUGAAAAUUUUAUGUAAAAAUGGGAAAGGAUUAAAUGGUUCAAUUUUUAAAUGUACUAUUAAUAACAAAUUAUUUGCAUGCAAAGUACAACAUAAAUUACAUUUAGCAAAAAAAGAAAUAUACUUUUCAUAUUUAUUAAAGGUACGCAAAUCUAAUAAAAUAAAUAAAUACACAAAAUAUAAUAAUGUAAAUUAUUCAGGAAGGCAACUCUUUUAUGAAAUUUAUGAGAACGAAAAUAGGUAUAUAUUUCCUGAUGAACUACAUUAUAAAUCUACCUCGCAUCAAAACAGCAAAGAUGUUGAAAUGAAGACAUAUAAUGAGAAUAACAAAAAUAUUUACAAUAUGGAAAAUAAUCACAAAAUUGAUAAAAUUUAUAGAGAUGAUAAAAUUUAUAGAGAUGAUAAAAUUUAUAGAGAUGAUAAAAUUUAUAGAGAUGAUAAAAUUUAUGGAGAUGAUAAAAUUUAUAGAGAUGAUAAAAUUUAUAGAGAUGAUGAAGAGAAUAGUAAGAGCCAGAAAAAAGUCAAGGGAGAAAAAAAUGAAAACAUUAAAAAAGAAACAUUGAAAGAAAAAAGAAACAUGUCCAUUUUAAUUAUGAAUACACACAAUAAUGUUAUAACAUUAAAUGAAUUAAUUAAUUAUUUUAUUAGGAAAAAUUAUAAAAGUGUAAAUGAAGAAUUAAUUUUAUUCAUUAUUUAUCAAAUAAUUGUAUCUGUACUUCAGUUACAUUUCUUAGAUGUCUUACACGGAGAUGUAAAAAUUGAUAAUAUUUUAAUUAGUAAAAAUGAAGAUUUAUGUAAUAGAGAAGGGCGAAGAAGGGGGAAAAAAAGAUACAAUGCUGAAUAUAAUAAAAGUAGGAAAGGAAAUAAUAAGUAUAAAAAAAAGGAAAAAGAAAGGGAACAGGAAAGAGAAAGGGAACAAGAAAGAGAAAGGGAACAAGAUAGAGAAAUGGAACAAGAAAAAGAAAAAGAAAAAGAAAGAGAAAAAGAAAAAGAAUAUUCAAACAUUUAUAAAAAUAGUUCCUAUUUUAAUAGUUUGUAUAAAAAUAAUAGAUAUUUAGGUAAAGACAAAUUAAAUAAUUAUAAUAAAAAGGAUAGCUUUUUAAAAACUACGAGUUUUCCCUUGAAUCUUUUUUUAAUAGAUAUUGGUAGAGGUAUAGAUAUGAAAAAUUUUAAAAAGUACCUUUUUUAUGGUGAAAAGAAUUGUGAUUGUUAUAGUUUUUUAAAUGAUUCUAUUUAUAAUUAUCAUAUUGAUUUUAUUGGUAUUGCACAAAUAGCUAGCUGCCUUUUAUUUUACAAGCAUAUAGGUCAUACAAAAUACCGAUAUGAAAGGACAUUGAAUGAUAAACAUAAUAUCACCGUAAAUAACUUGGGUAUUACAUAUUCAACACACAAUAAUCAUUUUAAUAAUACAAAUGGGCGUAAUACAUGUUAUACAAAAAGGAAAAAAAAAGGAAAGGAUGUUGCAAAUGAUCAAGUGAAAUAUAAGAGUAGUAAGAAAGAUAAAUAUAAAGAAAUUGAGAACUUUAUAAAGAUUAAGGAAAAGGUAUAUCAAGAGGAGGAUCAUAUGUGUAUAGAGAAUAAUGAUUCUUUUAUGGAUGAAUAUUAUUUAUAUGAUAAUGAAGAGAACCCCAAGAGGAAGACUAUGAAUAAAAGUAAUGGUAUGAAUAAAAGUAAUGGUAUGAAUAAAAGUAAUAGUAUGAGUAAGAACAAAAAAAAAAUAAAACAAAGCAACAACUUACGCAAUAUUAACAAUUUAAACAGUUUAGACGAUUUGGAAGAUAUGAUCAAAAAUAAAAAAGAGAAUAAAUGCUCCUCCAGUUUAUAUGAUGAAAAUCAUGAUAAGGAAAAUAUCUAUUUUAUAGAUUAUUCUAAAAUAUUAUCCAUUGACAAUAAAAAUAAAGAAAAGAUAUUUUAUUAUUUAGAUAAAAUAAAAAAACAGUCUGACAAUUAUUUUGUUGAGAAGAAUAAUGAAAAUAAAAUAAAAAAUUUCUAUACCAAAUUUAUGUUAAAAAGAAAAAAGUACGCACAAUUUUGGGAAAUGUUUUUUCAUAUUUUAUUAAAUUUUUGUAAUAUAUAUGAAUUAAAUCAUAUACGAUAUAAUUCAAAUGAAGAGGUUCUGAAUAAUAACUCAGAUGAUGAUUUGUAUGUUCAUAAAUUAAUAAAUAAAACAGAGAAUUAUUAUUUUGAUUUUAAGAAAAAUAAUUGGCAAGAAAUUCAUAAAAGUCCUCAAAGAAAUGAUUCAAAUAUUUCUAACGAUAGUAAUAAAAAUAUAAUUAAUUUAUCGGAUAGAUGUUAUAGUAACAUACCAUAUGAAAAUAAGUCAACUAAUUUAUAUUAUAUUGAUGGAGUGGAAAAUCACAAUUCCAAAAAUAUAAUAAAUAAUCAUCAAGGUCAUAAAGAUAUAAUAUUGUCAACAAAUAAAAAUAUCCCAACAAAACAUCCCAAUGAACAUAUUAAAUCAUAUGAAAACAAUGUAUUAAUAAAUAAUGAUAAUAAUAAAUUAUCGAUUUCUAAAAAUGGAAAUUAUAAAAAUACAAUACUAAGAAAAGAUAUACAAGGACAUAACUACAAUAGCAUGGGAAAAAACAGCAAAUAUUUUUUUAUAAAAAAUUCCAUAUCAAAUUUUAAAUGUAUAAGGAAAAGCUUGUAUAAACAUAAAUAUGAAAAUAAAACUAAGGAUCAAAAUAAAGAUGAAAUGAAAAAUAAAAAUAUACAUCCCCCUGAGGAAAAUACACAAAGUGGAAAAUUGAAAAGAAAAAUCAUAUUUUUUGAAAACGAACAAAAUAAAACCAAAUGUAGAAAAUUAAAUAAUGAAAAACAAUAUUAUAAUAAUGAAUAUAAAUAUAACGAAGCUAAGAGAUCUACAAGAUAUAUUAAUAAACUCAUGAAAAAAAAAGCAAUCUUUAUCCUUCUAAAUUUAAAAAGGUCUAUUGAGCGCAUAUUUGAUGAAGACGAGGAGAAGCAAACAAUCUUGUUAAACGAACUUUAUAACGCCUCCACUUUUUUUUAA